GCGCGCCCUGCGCUCGCCGUCGCCACUCGCUGGGGACCUCUCACCAUGCAGACCGCUCCGCACCCUGUCGCCAUCCACAUGCAGCCCCACGACGGCAAAGAGUCGGGCGCGCCGCCGUACCCCUACGCCAGAGCGGUCGCGGGCCCGCAACCCCAGGACUACGUGCUGUGGUCCUUGUUCAGCUUCUCGUUCCUGAACGCCUGCUGCCUCGGCUUCGCCGCUCUCGUCUUCUCCAUCAAGUCAAGGGAUCGCAAAGUUGUUGGAGAUCCUGAAGGUGCGGCUACUUAUGGCAGGACCUCCAAGUGUCUGAACAUCGCUGCUCUGAUAGUGAGCAUCAUAAUAUUCAUCAUCCUCAUCGUCAUCCUUGCUACCUCUGCAGCAGUUUUCCGAGCACAAUUCCAAGAGAUGAUGAAGAAUCACCAAUAACUGUAGUGUUGGCUCAGUGGCAAAUUGAGAAGGCAGAAUAUGCCCCCCAGCAUUAUAGCAUUGCUUGUAAGCUUUGGCUUGCCUUUGCUUCUCUGAUUGUACCCAACCUGCUCAUCCACUUGCAAGGAAGGAGGCAUUCCACACAGCACCUGGGCAUGUUUGCCUCAGGGUCCCUUCCAACUCCAUAAUUCUAUGAUUCUAUGAAAAAUGGAGGAGAGACUCAGAUGUCAUCUUGAACUUCACCAUCCAGUUUAAGAUGCUUAUUGAGAAACGACAUUUGUUUGAUGCUCUUUCUUUGUUCAAGAUCUGGAUUAUUGGCCUUCCUUCAUUCUGUUGCUCAUUAAAUUUAAUCAUUAUUUUUUAUGAUGUUCAACAAGUUUCUUACUCAAGAUGUGUACUGCAGCUUUUCUGUAUCGAAACACGAAGUCUGGGGUGAAUUCUGAGCAAAUAAAAACAUGCCUACCUUA